AUGCCCUCCAUAAGCAGCCCGUCAAGGGAUGAGAGGGUUGGCUUAGCAAAUGUCGGUAAAUCGACGCUUUUCCAGGCCAUCACUAAAUGCUCGCUGGGUAAUCCUGCAAACUUUCCAUAUGCAACAAUCGACCCCGAGGAGGCUCGUGUCAUUGUCCCAGAUGCACGUUACGACUGGCUUUGUGAACAUUACAAACCCAAGUCGCAAGUACCUGCCAACUUGACGGUGUAUGACAUUGCUGGCUUAACGCGUGGUGCUUCCACUGGUGCUGGCCUUGGCAACGCCUUCUUGUCACAUAUCCGAGCUGUUGACGCUAUCUUCCAAGUGGUUCGAUGCUUUGACGAUGCUGAAAUUAUCCAUGUUGAGGGGGAUGUGGAUCCUGUGCGAGACUUGGAGAUCAUCAGCGAGGAAUUACGGAUCAAAGAUAUCGAAUUCGUUGAAAAAGCUUUAGAGGCAUUAGCCAAGCAGACUAGACGAGGCGGUCAAAGUCUGGAAAUGAAGAAGCUAAAAGAAGAGGAAGCCACUGUCGCUAAGAUCUUAGAAUUCCUGAAAGACGGAAAGGAUAUAAGAAAGGGUGACUGGUCCCCCAAGGAGGUCGAGGUUAUCAACCCUCUGUUCCUUCUGACGGCCAAACCCGUUGUUUACCUGAUCAACCUUAGCGAAAAAGACUACAUUCGACAAAAGAACAAAUAUAUCCCAAAAGUCGCUGAGUGGAUUAAGAAAAACUCUGAUGGAGAUCCAAUUAUCCCAUUGUCUGUGGCAUUUGAGGACCGCCUAACACGUUUCGAAGACGAUGCAGCCGCCGAGGAAGAAUGCAAGAAGCUUGGCACCAAAUCAGCUUUGCCCAAAGUGAUUGUGACUAUGCGUCAAGUUCUAAACCUCGGUAGCUUUUUCACAACAGGAGCCGAUGAAGUACGGCAAUGGACGAUUCGGAAGGGAACAAAGGCCCCGCAAGCCGCUGGCGUUAUUCACACAGAUUUCGAGAAAACUUUUAUUCAAUGCAUCGUCUUCAACUACGAUGUAUUAAAAGAAUAUGGCGAUGAAGCGGCAGUCAAAUCUGCGGGCAAGAUUCUCACCAAGGGCAAAGAUUAUGUUAUUGAGGAUGGAGACAUCAUUCUGAUCAAGGCCGGAGCAGCCAAAGGUUAA